AUGGGUCUCUUUUCCACCUCGACGCUCAACGAGAACCCGUCGUCGUACGCGACGCCGGCGGCCUUUGCCCCCUCGACGGUGCAGGAGGCACAGCGCGCCGCCACCUACGACUACGUCAUCAUCGGCGGCGGCACCGCCGGCUGCGUCCUCGCAUCGCGCCUCUCGGAAGACGCAAACGUCUCCGUCCUCGUCCUCGAGGCCGGCGGCACCAACAACGUCCUCGAGACCCAGGCCCCGCUCACGUUCGGGAAGCUCUUCAAGACCGACAAGGACUGGAACUACGAGACCGUCCCGCAGGGCACCGUCGCCAACCGCGAGCUCUUCUGGCCCCGCGGAAAGAUGAUCGGCGGUAGCAGCAGCAUGAACGCCAUGAUGUACCACCACUGCUCGUACACCGACUACGACGAGUGGGAAAAGGAGUUCGGCUGCAAGGGAUGGGGAUACAAGGACAUGCAGCCCUACUUCCGCAAGGCAGAGCAGUACACGCCCAACGUCGGCCGCGCCCAGGUGGACCCGGUGCACCGCGGCAGCGACGGCCUGUGGCAGGUCGGACAUAGCCACCUGUCCGAGAUCGGCGGAAAGGGUUUUGUCGGCGGCUGCAUCGAGACGGGCAUCCCCUUUAACCCGGACAUCAACACGCCGCGCGGAACCGAGGGCGUCACCCACAUCAUGACCUUCAUCGACAAGAACGGUCGCCGCUCGUCGGCCGCCACGGCCUACCUGCCCCCCGCCGUGCAGAAGCGGUCCAACCUGACGAUCGGCGUCAAGGUUAUGGUGACGCGCGUCAUCUUCGACCGCAACUCGUCGUCGCGCCCGCGUGCCAUUGCCGUCGAGCUGGAAAAGGAGCGCGGAGGGCAGAAGUACUACGUCUCGGCGCGCACCAAGAUUGUCCUCAGCGCCGGAUCGAUCAACACGCCGCAGACGCUCAUGCUGAGCGGCGUCGGGCCGCGCGCCACCCUCGAGCGGCACGGCAUCCCCGUCGUGCUCGACAACCCCAACGUCGGCCAGCACCUCAAGGACCACUUCUGCACCAGCACCAUCCUCUGCAAGGCCAAGCCGCAGUAUACGCUCGACUUCCUCGGCAGUCAAAUCGGCGCCCUGCCCGCCCUCGCCCGCUGGCUCGUCACGGGUGGAGGACCGCUGACCAACAACGUCGGAGAGUGUGCCGCCUUUUUCCGCUCGACCGACGAAAAGUUGCCCGGCACCCACGCGCUCACCAAGCCCGAGAACAAGCCCGCCUUCCACGGAUCCCUCGGUAUCGGCCCAGACCUCGAGGUGAUCGGUUGCCCACUCCAGUACCUCGACCAUGGAUUCAAAACGGCUCAGCACGGUGAUGGCGUUUUCUCAAUGGUUCCCAUCGGUCUGCGUCCCAAGUCGGUGGGCGAGAUUUCGAUCCGCAGCGCCGACGCGUGGGACAAGGCGGUGAUCGACCCGCGCUACUGGACCGACGAGGGCGACAACGACCGCAAGGUGCUGCUGGCGGGCGUGCGCAUCUGCCUCAAGAUUGCGCACUCGGACGCCCUCAAGCCGUACCUGGAGCAGAUGCCUGUCGACAACGACCCGUCGAGCUUCUACUGGCCCUACUGCGCCGAUCCGGACCAGAUCACCGACGACCAGAUCUGGAACUGGAUGACGCGCGACGCCUUCACCCUCUACCACCCCGUCGCCUCGGCGCGCAUGGGACCCAGCGCGGCAGAGUCGGUCCUCGACCUCGACCUCGACGUGCAUGGCAUCGACGGCCUCGCCGUGUGCGACGCCAGCGUCUUCCCCGAGCAGAUCGCGGGCCACCCCACCGCCGCUGUCAUCGCCGUCGCAGAGAAGCACGCCGAGCUCCUCAAGCGCGCCGCAAAGGCCAAUGCCGACGCCCUCCCCGCCACCCCGCGGCUCUAG